AUGCCCCAAAAUCCCAUUCAAGUACUCGAAAUCUUUGACGUAUGGGGCAUUGAUUUCAUGGGACCUUUCCCUCCUUCGAAUGGGAAUAGGUACAUCCUUGUGGCGAUCGACUACGUUUCAAAGUGGGUGGAAGCUCAUGCUUUGCCUACAAACGAUGCCCGAGUGGUGACAAACGGUCAAGUAGAAAAUGCGAAUAGGGGAGUGAAGAGGAUUCUUGAGAAAACGGUAGGGAAGAGUCGUAAGGAUUGGUCGGACAAGCUUGAUGAUGCUUUGUGGGCAUUCCGUACCGCCUACAAAACACCUUUAGGGACCACACCGUUUAUGAUAGUCUAUGGCAAAGCUUGCCAUCUCCCGGUAGAAUUAGAGCACCUAGCGUUUUGGGCUCUUAAAACCGUGAAUUUAGAUCUUACUCCUGCGGCUAGGAGAAGGUAUUUCCAAAUCCAUGAGUUAGAAGCCCUUAGAGAUGCGGUGUAUGAGCGUUCUUGGAGUAUCAAAGAGAAAAUGAAAGUGUUGCAUGAUAGAAAGCUUAAAGGGUUGAAGGAUUUUAAAGUUGGUGAUAAAGUCCUCCUUUACAAUUCGAGGUUUAAGUUGUUUCCUGGAAAGUUGAAGUCGAAGUGGACGGGACCGUAUGUUGUGAAGGAAGUGUUUUCGCAUGGUGCGAUUGAGCUAUACGAUAAAGUUAGUGAGAGCUCAUGGAAAGUGAAUGGCCAUCGUUUAAAGCAUUACUUAGGAGGGCCGAUUGACAACACCGAGAAGGAGGAAACUCCUCUCGAAGAUCUCCCGAACAUCACUGUAUAG